AUAGGCACCGGCUGCUUCUCCAGCUCCCGGAGCGGAGGCACCGGGACUGAGCGAAGACUGGCAGGGGCAACCUGGGCCAGCGCGGCGCGGGGAAGGGAGGGGAGCCGAGCGCAGGGCGCGUCCUUCUCUCCCUGCCGGUGUCUCUGGGAGAGCGGAGCUGGAGCCCCCGGCCAUGGAGCCCAACAGCCCACGGAAGAUCCAGUUCACCGUCCCGCUGCUGGAGCCGCAUCUGGACCCGGAGGCAGCCGAGCAGAUCCGGAGGCGCCGGCCAACUCCAGCCACCCUGGUUCUGAGCAGCGACCAGUCAUCCCCAGGUGAGAUCUGUAGCCAGCGGAUGAUUUGCAGGAAUGAUUUGCAGGAUUCCGGAGACCCUGGGAAACUGGUUUCCUUUCUCAGGCCUGGCCCUGCAUCUGGGUGGAACUUGCAGAGCCCAGGCCCAUAUGCCAGGGUCCUCUCCAGGCACACUAACCCCACUCCCUCCCCUACCGGCUCCAAAACCUGCUCCCCAUUAACGGGGGCCCCAGCCCCUGGCCAGCCAAUGGGCCUGGGCAAGGGAUCAUGGUUGUAAGGUCCCCACAUCCGG